GUACGAAAUCUGUUCUUCAAGGAUGGUCAGCGACGAAUUGACUUCAUUCUGGCCUGGAGUACAGAAGUCAACAAGAAAUCUGAAGCUGCCAAACGGGCUCGAAAAGUGUUUGAGGAGAAUCUGGAAAAGGAAGGGUUGCAUUUGGAAUAUGAUCUGAAACCUGGCAAAGUCCAUUAUGUCAAAAUCCAUGCACCCUAUGAAGUACUCAAGCGGUAUGCUGACAUUCUCAAGAUGAGAAUGCCCAUGAAAGAGGCGUUAGCAGAGCAGCACAAUAAAGAUGCUUUCUCUCCAUGGGAGGCUAAAGGUUCUGAUCAUUUGGCUCCAUUGGUUCCUUUCACAACCAGGCUGUGGGAGAGCACAGUGAAGCUAGUGAGAAAGUUCUUUGUGCCUUUCCACUAUGAUGAAACAAAGCUGCCCAAGAUCACACGUGCCUACACUUGCCCUUAUUCCUCCAACAGGGAAUAUUUGUUUGAAAUACCAGCCAACAGUGAAGAGUUGUUCAGUAACUCCACUAGAAGUUGGAUUGUGGACUACAUACUCAGGAGGCAGCAUUUCUCAACCACCACAGAGAGCAACUUUGAUUUUGGUAUCAAGAAAAUGAUUGCUGAUGGUUACUACACUGCUGCCUACCCCUUGCAUGAGGGUCACUGGAAGCCAGGCUCAGCAGAGAAUCUCCGCAAGAUUUUGUUUGAUCACUGGGCACACUGGAAGAACUGGCUCAAGUUCCAGCCUCUGGAUCAUAUCCGACAGUACUUUGGAGAGAAGAUUGCUCUGUACUUCGCCUGGCUGGGAUUCUACACAACAAUGUUGGUACCUGCCACUGUCGUGGGCUUGGUUGUGUUCAUUUACGGCUUGGCCAUCAUGUACACUAAUGUGGCCAGCAAGGAGCUGUGUGACCCUUACAACAACAUCACCAUGUGCCCUUUGUGUGAUGCCCGGUGCCCCUACUGGAAACUCAGUGAUGCCUGUUCUCAUGCUCGAGCCAGCAGAAUCUUUGAUAAUGGGGCCACAGUCUUCUUUGCAAUCUUUAUGUCCUUAUGGGGGACACUGUUUCUGGAGUUUUGGAAGAGAAAACAGGCAACAAUUCAAUACAAGUGGGACCUGACCACAUUCGUGGAGGAAGAGGAACCACCAAGACCUGAAUAUCUGUCCAAGCUGGAGAAUUGGAAAACUAUGAAAGAAAACCCAGUCACUGGACUGAAAGAGCCUCAUCUGCCAUUUUGGCGGCGGCGAUUUCCCAUUUUCCUGACGUCGUACUCUAUUAUGCUGUUACUGGCUGGGGUGGCAUUGUCAGCUGUGAUUGGAGUGAUUGCUUACCGUGUGUCCACCCUGGCAGCCCUACAGCUGAUCCCCAGGCAGGUGUCCAGCAACAACACUGUGGUCACUGCCACUGCUGGGCUUAUUUAUGAGAACGCUUCUUUGGUGACCACAGUGACCGCUGCUCUCAUCAAUCUUGUCAUCAUUAUUGUUCUCAAUAUGGUGUAUGGUCACCUGGCAUUCUGGCUGACGGACUGGGAGUGCCUGCGCACACAGAGUGAAUAUGACAGCAGCAUCACCGUCAAACUGUUUAUUCUCCAGUUUGUCAACUAUUUCUCAUCAAUCUUCUACAUCGCUUUCUUCAAGGGCCAAUUUGUAGGCAGACCUGGAAAGUACAGAACAAUUUUUGGUGGCAGGCAGGAAGAAUGUGAGGCUGGAGGUUGCCUGAUUGAACUCUGUAUCCAGCUGGCCAUCAUCAUGGUAGGGAAGCAGCUCAUUCAGAACAACUUCAUUGAGAUUGUUGUUCCAAAGGUUAUCAAGUUCAUCAAACGUAAGCUGUCUUCGGAGACCAGGGAGCAGAAACUGGCUCGGACUCCAUGGGAGAAGGAUUACAUCUUGGACUCAGCAGAGACAAUGUCAUUGUUUUAUGAAUAUCUGGAAAUGGUGCUGCAGUUUGGCUUUCUGACUAUAUUUUGUGCUGCUUUCCCGCUGGCUCCACUGUUUGCUUUGCUCAACAAUAUUGUGGAGAUCAGGGUUGAUGCCACCAAGUUCUGUGCACACUUACGACGUCCACUAGCAGAAAAGUCAGCAACCAUAGGUAUCUGGUACAGUGUGCUGUAUGCUAUCUCUCGAAUGGCAAUCAUAACUAAUGCAUUUAUAAUAGCCUUGACCUCAGAGUUCAUCCCCCGUCUGGUGUACACCUUACGGUACAGCGAGGAUGGAUCUCUGUCAGGCUACGUCAACUUCACCAUGGCCUACUUCAACACGUCAGACUUUGCCCCAGAAGAUAAACCUAAAGAUGUGACCUUAGGAAAUGUUCAGAUAUGCAGAUAUAAAGAUUUUCGAAAUCCUCCGUGGGUGGACUCAGAGUAUCGCAGAUCUAUUGAGUUCUGGCACAUUUUGGCAGCACGUUUGGCCUUCGUCGUCCUUUUUGAGAAUGUGGUUGUGGUCAUCACCAGCCUCCUCUCCUGGCUGAUCCCUGAUGUGCCUGCAGUCCUCAAGGAGCAAAUCCGUCGGGAGGCAUACAUCACCAAUGAGAUUGUGCUGAAGACAGAGCUGAAACGAGCCCAUGGCGAAGCAGUCACUGAUGUGUUUAUAUCUGCUCUAACGGACGACGAGCACCUCCGUUACUCGCCUCACCACAGUGAGUCGCCAGGUCCGAGCGAGGAUGUGGAGAUCACCCACAGGCGAACAAGUGAUGAACCAAAGACUUAUGUCUGA